GGCACUACUGUCACGCUCUUUGGAGUUGCAAUCUUUGGAAGUCGUAAAUUAGCUUCGACUGUUUUUAGUUUUUAUUUAUUUAUUUAUUUAUCCCAGUGGGUUAAAUCUAUUAUUUGACACUGGGGGAGUUUAUUUUACCGCUGUGUUCGGGGUGUGUGUGACAACCUCUCAACAACAGCAGCAUCACAACAACAAGAGCUCUACUUCCGGUUUUAGACUCCAGCAUCAUUUGAGGGAUUUGCUUUAUCAGCAGGUCAGUGGUUUCAUUUGGCUUUUGUUGAAUAAUAAUAGUCCACUCUGCUGCUGUUUUCCCGACUGCCUGCAGCCGAAAACAGAGUACAAUCAGCGGGCUGUCACAAAUAGCCUCGGCGUCAGGUUUUAGUAUGAACGACGGGGAGGUGUUUCACGAGAAGCAGCGCUUGGAGCUGUGCGCCAUACAUGCGCUCAACAACGUGCUCCAGGAGCGGGUGUUUACCAAGGAGACAGCCGAUGACAUCUGUAAACGGUUAGCUCCACAGUGUGUGGUAAACCCCCAUCGGUCAGUUUUAGGCACAGGAAACUACGACGUUAACGUAAUCAUGGCAGCACUACAGAGCCGAGACCUGGCCGCCGUGUGGUGGGACAAACGCAGGACGGUUCAGAGUCUCUGCAUGUCAAAGGUCCAGGGUUUUAUUCUCAACGUUCCCUCCCGAGUGUCUCUGGGCAUCGUGUCCCUCCCGCUCCGGCGGCGGCACUGGCUGGCGGUCCGGCAAGUUAACGGACAGUACUACAACCUGGACUCCAAACUGAAGGGUCCCGCCUGCAUCGGGGGAGAAGCAGAGCUACGAGCAUUUCUCAGCGAGCAGCUGUCCCAGGAAGUGGCAGAGAUGCUCCUGGUGGUCCGACGGGACGUGGAGGAGGAUGGGUCAUGGCUAAACCCCGACAGCCCAAACAACUGAUCCAUCUUGUAUUGGAAAAACAAAACUCCUCGGGGAAAACUACAGACUUUCGUUGUUUCUUUUUAAACACUCCAUUAAAGAAAAGUAUUCAGGGAAUGCACUAAAAUACACUUAACAGACACAUAAAGGAAAAUCCAAAGAGAAGCAGAGGGUGAAGUUUACUCUUGAAAUGAAGAAGUUUCUGAUUGUAACAGCUGUUGAAGAUUUCCCUCUGGUAUGACCCCGUGUCUUAAAACAAAGAGGAAGCUGAAGUGGGGGUAGUUUGAGACAAAUACGCUCAUGAGAACGGACUGAAGUGUUUGCAGUUUUACAUGUAGGCUGUGUUAAUGGUUGGACAGCCGUGUUAACGGUACCUUAAUUCCUGAAACACGAAGGUAAACGUGUCCUGAGGUGAUUUUCUUUAUCGUCGUCUCAGAUUUGGGUGCUUUUCGGUCAUAUCAGGAUGUGCCGGUGAAGCAGCUGCGUUGUCUUUUUCCUCUUUGUCGUUUCUCUUCUAUGCACUGCGGAGUGGGGUUUGUGAGGUCGUAAAUGUGUUUGGUUGUGCCCAUGCAGGCACACGCGUACCAGGAUGGCUGAACUAUGAAGCAGGAUCUGUGGCUACGAAUCAGGAAACUUUGCCUGCUGUGAGUUCAUAUCGUCACGAUGGCGGAUCUUGCCUGCUCUGUUGAACUGAGCUGUGGGCAGCCCGGCUUGACUUUCCUUGGGAUAAAAUCAAUA